AUAACUCUGGUUUGAUAAUCCACACUUGGGAUUACGUUGUGGUGCUGACGUACAGCUGACAGACCUCAGCUAUCAAGUGGGAGGCAACCACCUACUAUACUUCUAUCAGUCUGACAGAUAUGAAGAAAGCCAUGCCCACUAUAGCCACAGCCUUGACCAGUACGGUCAAGCUGAACGACGGAGUGACCAUGCCAUUAUUUGGCCUAGGCAUGUACUUGUCAGCAUCGGGACAGGGUGGUCAAGCAGAGCGAGCAGCCAUCCAUGCACUAUCUAAGGGAUAUAGACUACUGGACACUGCAGAGUUCUAUGGAAAUGAAGCAGAUGUUGGAAGAGGAAUACAGAAUGGAGGUUUGAAGCGAGAGGAUUUGUUUGUAGUUACAAAACUCUGGGAAAAUGGCUACAGUCGAUGUAAGAAAAUAUUCAACAAAAGCCUGAAAAUGUUGGAUAUAGGCUAUGUGGACCUGUACCUCAUACAUAAUCCGUCCUCCGCUCCAGGCAAGUGUGUCGAGACGUACAAAGCCAUGCUGGAACUCCAACAGGAGGGACUGGUCAGAUCUGUGGGCGUGUCCAACUUUGGGGUACAGCAUCUCGAAGGCUUGAGAGAGGCAGGGCUUCCAACACCAUCUGUCAAUCAAAUUGAGCUCCACCCCUGGCAACAGAAGACUGACAUUGUUGAGUACUGCAGAAAAAAUGGGAUCACUGUCAUGGGCUACUCCCCAUUAACCAAAGGACAAAAGCUCUCCGAUAAAACUUUAUUAGAAAUCGCCAAAAGACACAACAAAUCACCCGCCCAGAUUUUGAUACGGUGGUCCGUUGAGAGAGGCUUUAUAACGAUACCCAAGUCAGCAGAUCCAGGACGGAUAGAACAGAAUGCGGACGUUUUCUCCUGGAGCUUAGAUCCCAGUGAUCUCCAAAUAUUGAAUGAUAUGCCUGACUGCUCCUGUACAUGGAAUCCCUGUAAAACUCCCUGGAUGGGCUGAUUUUAGUGAAUAUCACAAAUAAAUUACAAAGUUUGUAAGAAAUCACGAGUUAACAUUUUAAGUUAAAGGGUACCACUACAUCAGUUAUAUAUGCAAAGAAGAGUUCCACUCUGACUUUUUUACUUGGAGAAAUCUCCCUUUAUCUAGAUAAAAGAUGAAGCAACCAAAUAGAGCUUUUCUGACUUAGAGUAACUUCCCCUGUCAUGUUACUUGGAUUUUCAUUUUAGUGCUCUUUGAUUUCAAUUAUAUAUCCUGGAUUCCUGGUAAAGUGGAGGCUUGUAAAGGCCCUGAUUCCAAUGUCCUGCUUGGUGGGUUUUUUCAUAUUAAUAUUUUCAAAAAGUCUUCUUUCAAACAACUUUAAUCAUGUAAAAUACUUCAUAACAUGUACUUUCAAUAGAAAAGUUCUUUUGAAAACUUAACCAAAUGUAUAAAAAUAGUGUCAGUGGUGUUUUGUUGUUAUGAUAUAGUUUCACUUAUUGGUACUAGCGGUCGUACCCUUUAUCUUAAAUCAUAUAUCAUGUAUAAAAUUUCAAAUUUAUUUAAAUCAAUUGCAAUCAAGAAAAUACUUUGUUGAGAAUAAAAGUUAUGACACAAUGCAUGUUAGGGUUUAAAAAAUUAUUAUCGAAGAAAAUGUCAAUCAUACCAAUAGUACCUGACGUUUGAUGACUUAGUUAUUUUGUACAACAUAAGUAUUUUAGUACAUGUGUAUUAUUAUUGAUUACCUUUGUAAUAAUCUAAAUGUAUGUAUACAUAACCAAAGGCAUUUAUAAUUAUCUUAUAUUAUUGUCAAAUCUAUCAUGAAGACCACCAAAGUAGAGAGCAAAAACGGUCUUGGUUUUGUGUGCUUUGGUUUACUGGUUUUACGUCUUCCUUCACUGAGGAUGGCCUGUGUUCGGCCGACAUGAGAGUAUAAAUUGCCACUUACCAUACAGACCCUCUUAAGAUUCAAACCUAUAGGCCCGUCCAGAUCACGCCCAAAGGUCAGACUGCUCCUCAGAUGUGGAUAGGCUGUCACAGCGGCUGUCGUCCACAGAUCCAUGUCUAUGUGUGGUCCCUGGGGUCCCUGGGGUCCCCGGGGUCUCUUAUGACAACAAGGUCUUAAUACUCAGGUUAUCUUGUAAAGAAAAGUUGUAAUAUAAAGACAAUAUCAUAUGAGACAUACUAAGAAUUGUAUUUAUAAAUAGAAAGGUUGUCUGAUAUAUGGAAAUCACCAUUUUAGGAUUCUUUGAACCGUGGUUAUCGGCAGGUGAUCUUUUCACACAGAUAUUUUAGAGUUAACAACUGUAACCAAGCGUCCUGAGGGUAUAGAUGAAUCAGUAUGUGUCCCCUAUCGGUGUCCCCAACAGAUACAGUAAACCAGAUAUUGCAAAUGGAAAUGGUUUCAAAAGUGUUUUGAAAUACAUUUUGGACAAAUCCAAUGCCCUUGCUUUCCCAAUUUAGUUUAAAUAUGAAAAAAGGGUAAAUAAAUACAGUAUAUAUUGGUGAGCCAUCAUUAUGUGGUGCCUAUCAGCAUGAUAACUUACAAAUCAUUGAUCAUAUACAAAGUUCAAGCUUGGUGUGUGAUUUGUUCUUGCAAAUGCAAAUAAACCUAUUGACUUUGGGCAACUUGUCCACUGCUCAUGUAUGUAGGUUUACAGUACACAACUAAAACACUAAUCACAGGUCAGCAAGGGCCCCGCCAUGUGCCCGACUGUACCCCACUCCUAGUCUAUAUUUAGUAACAGUAACAUUGACCUUAACCUUAGAAACUGUUUUAACCCCUAUAUUGCCUAUCUAUAUAUAUAUCCCAGUGUAUCACCAUGCCAAAUUGCAGGAAGAGUAGUCUUUUGGAUUAAGAGAUAAUCUAGGACAGACAGACGGAUACUUUGAUUACAAUAGAGAACCCCCAUCUCUGAUGCGGGGCCCUAUUAUUACCUCACAACACACUUUAUCCACCAAUUUAGAGGAAAAGAAUCAUGCAAUGCUUAAUUUAAGACACAUUUUUUAAGAGAGAUCAGAUGGCAGGGAUAUUUAAAUACUCAUCUGUUCCUGUUGUUUUAUUUAGAACCUUAAUAUUAAAUCUUCUAUGCUUAUUUGUGGUGUUUAAAUGGAAUCCAUUGAGAAUGUGUCUUUUGGAGAAAAAUGUGAUUGUUUGUAUCAGAUGGUCUAUUGUAUUGUAAUGAAUACGCUGAUAAUUUUUUGUCUCGUCGCCACGAAAUAGCGGAAGCGGGACUAAGGUGUUGCUUUUCCAGCGGCGGCGUCAACAUCAAGAUUUUACGUUUAAGUUAGUUUCACUGAAAGUAUAAAUGCUAGACCAACCAAACUUGGACCAAAGAUGCAUUUUAGGGAGUACAUCUCAACCCAUGCAUCAAAUGCUGGAUGUGGCCUACCUUUCAUGGUCCAUUGACUUUGUCAGCAUCUCUAUCAACUUUAAGUUUUUGUGUUGAAAUUAGUUUCUCUGAAACUAUAAGUACUAGACCAACCAAACUUGACAUGUGCAUUGAUGGUCAAAGCGCGGCACUGGCGACACAUAUCAAUUUGAAUGGCAUGUUAAUUGUUUAUAGGCCCAUCGAUAUCCUCGAGGUUUGUAACUGCAGUUUCGGCUGUAUUAAAUCCGGCUGGCACAACUGCCUUCUCAGGAUUACUUGAAGCAAAAUAUCAGUUAAGGAUGCCCGUAUCAGCCUUUUAACAAAACUGCAAAAACUGUAGCUAUGCCUUGGAAACAUAUUCCCUGUAUGACUAUUGCUUUGAUAAAUAAUUUCUUAAAAAACAACGCUUUGUGAAAGUUAAGUAUGAGUGUAAAAAUGCAACAUCUGGGCCAGACCAGGGUUUGGAAAAUAACAAUGGACCUCAGGUCAUUAUACUAGAUGUCGCUCUCACCAAAUGAGCUACCUGAUCAACGGUAGUACCCUGCAUGGUGUAACGGUCAUAUCCAAAACAGCAUUAAGGGGAGAUAAAUGUAUGUACGAAAACUAGCAGCGGAAUAAUUAGAGUUUGCCUGCGAUGUGACAAGAAAACCUAAACUACAGUUUUAUAUGAAAUAUCAAAAGAAAAUUUUGUCAUUAAAAUGUUGGAAACAUCCA